UUUUUAUUUUUAAAAAUUAAAAUAAAUUUUUCAGAUAAUUUAACUACUACUACACCUACUAAUAACCUUAUUACUUUAAUGGCUACUGAAACUAAUUAUCCCAUUCCCUACCGAAGCAAACUUACUGAACAAUUCGAACCUGGCCAAACUUUAAUUUUAAAAGGAAAAACAGCUGAGGAUUCUGUUCGUUUCACUAUCAAUUUGCAUCAUGCUAGUCCUGAUUUUAGUGGAAAUGAUGUUCCGUUACACAUUUCUGUUCGAUUUGAUGAGGGAAAGAUUGUCUACAACACUUUCGCUAAGGGAGAAUGGGGCAAGGAAGAACGCAAGAGUAACCCAUACAAGAAGGGAGAUGAUAUUGAUAUUCGCAUUCGCGCUCAUGACAGCAAAUUUACCAUUUUUGCUGAUCAAAAAGAAAUUAAAGAGUACGAGCAUAGAGUCCCUUUGAGCUCGGUCACUCACUUUUCUAUUGAUGGAGAUAUUCUUGUGACGCAUAUCCAUUGGGGAGGGAAAUAUUAUCCUGUCCCUUACGAAAGCGGUAUUGUCGGUGAAGGCUUCGCUCCUGGUAAAACUAUGCUCAUCUUUGGAACUCCUGAAAAGAAAGGAAAGCGUUUUCACAUUAAUUUGUUAAGAAAGAAUGGAGAUAUUGCUUUGCAUUUUAAUCCGCGCUUUGAUGAAAAGGCAAUAGUCCGCAAUUCUUUAAUCGCAAAUGAAUGGGGAAAUGAGGAACGUGAAGGAAAACUUCCGUUAGAGAAAGGAAUUGGUUUCGACUUGAAAAUAGUUAACGAGGAAUAUGCUUUUCAGAUUUUCUUGAACGAGGAACGCUUUUGCUCUUAUGCUCACCGUAUGGAGCCGCAUGAUCUUCUCGGACUUCAAAUUGGUGGAGAUGUGGAAAUAACAGGAAUUCAAAUAUUUUGA